AGUGCUGGACAGAAAGAUGACCGUUAUGGUUACUCUCAACUGAAACAGAAAAUAAGAGACUGGACUCUGCACUUGGAAUUUUGUGACCAAGGUUUAAUUGAGGCUACACAAGGGGGACUACAGAUGACAACUUUAGAAAAAUUAAUGGACAGCCUUCAGGUAUCUUCAGCACCAAUCAGUAUUUUUAAAGAAGCUCCAGUUAGCCCAGUUUUACUAGAGCGAUAUGAAAGCAUCACCAGGGCCAUACAAAGGUCCUUCCCUGGUUACCCAAGGAGCUCCAUUAUUACUAAACUUGAAGUGAUAAAAGCACUCUCUGGUGGAACACUGAAUAUGUUCAGCAACUAUCACCUGAUCAAAGCCAUAACAAAUUCAAUAAUUCAGGACAGGGUGCAACAGCAAAACCUAGCUUCUAACUACCUUGCUUCAUGCAGAAGAGUUUACUAUACUGCCUCAGGACCAAGAUAUAGUUGUUUAACUUCCAGUAAAAGAAGAUGUAGGACAGCCAGUCGCAGAGGUAGCCAUAAGUCAGCAGGUCAGAAUGAUGAACAAGGUCCAAGUCAAAAAAGUGGCCAAAGAACAACAGGUCAGAAAGAUGAACGAGGCCAAAGUAAAAAUGUUGGCCAAAGUAGAUCAAGUAAAAGAGCUAGAAGAGUCAGGAUGUUUUUUUUAUAAUCUAUCUAUUGGUGUGAUGAAACCAUCUCAAUUGAUCAGUUGGAUAUAAAUUGUGUGUAUUUGUCUUUUAUGUAUUUUUACUGAGACUUAAGCUUACUAUGAUGAAUCAUUAGUUUUAAUUUUAAAUGUAUUAAUUUUUUGUA